GCAGCAACAAUGGGUCUUCUCUUUGUCUUGUCCUUCUCUGCUGCCAUUUUUUUCCUUGGAAUGCACAGAGGUUACUGUGCGGAUAUCGCUGGAGGGAAAGAGUCAGUUCCACAUUUAAGACCCUAUAUGGCGGCUUUAUUUCGAGGAAAUAGUUUCCAAUGUGGAGGAACUUUGAUCAGAAGUAACUGGGUGCUAACAGCAGCUCAUUGUGAACUAAAGAGGGGAGACGAAGUUGUCCUUGGCGCUCAUUCACUAUCUAACCCACGUGAGAAAGGAAAACAGACGUUUCGAAUUAUUCAGGCAUUUCCUCACAGAAAUUAUAACCAGGAAACAAUUGCGAAUGACAUUAUGCUUUUGAAGCUUAAUAAAAGUGCAACUAUCAAUCAAUAUGUGAAAACCGUCCGGCUUCCCAGAACUCACAAAGAUGUUAAAGCAAGAACACAGUGUCUAGUGGCUGGAUGGGGAGCAACAUUACAAGCAAAGAUGUCUAAUACGCUGAGGGAAACUCAUGUUACUAUCUUGGCCAGAGGCAUUUGCACAAGGCAUUAUAAUCGUGGCAUGGUAACAACUAACAAUCUAUGUGCUGCAAUAACAAAGCAAAGGAAAGGUACAUGUCCGGGUGACUCUGGUGGACCUUUGAUAUGCAGAGGAAUACAAAGAGGCAUCACUUCUUUUGGCCCGGAGGGAAAGUGUGCUGUUCCUGGUACAGCAGAUGUCUAUACUCGUCUCACAAAGGGAUAUCUCCUCUGGAUUAAUAAUAUUAUACGGGAGUGACCUAAGUUGAUCACUUACUUUAUGCUUUGCUUUCUUGAACUAGUUAUGUAGCAUCUUCUUAAAAAUCUGCUUCUUUUAUUUAUGGUCAUCUCAUUGUUACCAGAAUUGGUCUCCUUGUGAGUAAGAGUUUGUGGGGGAAUUAGCAGGCAAGGAAGACAGAUAUGUGGGAGGCUGGUAACUACGGGAUCUUGUUCACCUAUGUUUAUGAGGUCCCUUCCAAAAUAGCAAACAAGGCUGAUGCUUAAGCUCAAAUAACAGUCUUUUAUUAGAAGGGAGAAAUGCAUGCACACACAGGAAUACAUAGUAAAAUGGUUACACACAGAGAGAGUCCUAGGAAACUAGCCAGAAGUUAGAAUAGAGGGAGGGGAACAAGUAUAUCAACCUAUCCUGAAGAGUAGUCCAGUCCAUGGGGAAGAGGGCAGCUUCAAACACCAGUGUUCUUGGCCAGGAGAGCAAGAGGCUUAGGGAGCCUUAAGGAAACAGUUUUUGGAUCCAGUAAGCGUGUACAGAGAGAGAGAGAGAGGCUUAGGGAAGCAACCCUAAGGGAGCAGCCUGGAAGCUUCCACACUUUGAACUGAGCCAGGGCACUACUCUUAUAGGGUAAAACGUGCCCUGAGGUGGGGUAGCCCACCUAGCUGUUAAAACAAAGACUCCAACGGUCAGUUCCUGGGAUUGAUUGGUAGCUGCCAGGGCAUGUGAAAGCAAAUGCAAAAUUUGUUCUAGCACUGCACAAAGGGAUAGUUUGUUAAUGAAGUCCACCGGAGCUAAGUUGAUGAAUUUAGUUGGGGAAUGUACCUUCCCAGGAAUGAAUUAUAAAUACUUAUGAAUGCUAAUUAAUUUGCUCCUCAGUCAUGGACAGGAGAUCUCAUCACAGAAGGAGGGAAAGGAACGUGUUAAGUUGGCAGACACUAUGAGACCUUUGUUGCGCUGAAUUCCUUUAGGGGCUGAGGAGACUGCAAAUCCAAUCACCACUGAUCACUCUGCAUUCCUAUGUGGCAUUGCAUUCAUUCCUGGGUUUCCCGGGUGGGACUCAGCAACUGUUAGCUGGAAUUCCUCUGGCUGCAAUACAAGCUGCCAUUUUAAAUCCAGAGGCCUUGUGAAUUUAUAUCACAGGUAGCCAUGUUAAAAUGGCUAUUAAAGAUGGCGGCGGCCGGGCCAACUGCUUACAUCAGUGCCAACUUUCACAACUAUGUUCCAUUUUCAUAGACGCAUAAAGGUACAUGAAAAAUAAAGUGUCUCACUAUAAUCUAGGAAAGCAGAAUAUUCAUUUCAUUGUCUCUGAAAUUUUCUAUAGCCCUUGCACAAAGGAGUUCAUCAUGACUUAUAAAAACCUUGUAUACUCAGGAUUAGACUAAAAAAUUUACCCUAGAAAAGUCAUCAGGCUCUAUUUGGACCAAAAGUUGCAAAACCACUUCAUACAAUGCAAGACUUUUUUUUACCCAUUUCAGUGGAGUUUAAAGUUGUACACCAUAAAGCCAGUUGCCUUAUAUGUAUAAACACAAGCAGGCCAUUUGAUGUCAAUCAGUUAUGACAUGUUCAAAGUCAUUAUUUACAGAAACAAUUGAAGGAUUUUGUUUUUCCCCAUAACUUACCACAAUACUAGGCUUUCUGUGACUCAGACAGGACAGGAACAUAUGAGCCAUGUAGUGUGCAAUCCUAAGCAAGUUAUAGCCACCUCACCCAUACUGAGUUCAAUGAAUUGAGUCAUUUUUUUAAGGGGCUGAACAGGGCAAUGUUCCUUUUCAUUUCUCCCUCUUACCCACAGCAUCUUAUCAGUGACAUUUUUUCUCAGUUGGAAAAAAAUAGAUAAGCAUAUAAUCUUUUGACAAGCAUUGAUAUUUGGUAGCAGAACUGUUAAAAUAUUUAUCUUCACAACUGAAUGAUGCAACAAAAAAUAAUACUUGAUUCCCUAAUGAAGUCCAGAACUACUUCUGCAAGUGGGAUUCCCACAUUAUUUAAUGAGUUUUGGACUUAUAAAUAUGGGGGGGGGCUGAUUAAUUGGAUUCUCAUUUUUUAAAAGCUGUCCGCACAGCCUGUUCAGAACUGGAGCCAGUAUUCCUUGCUAUGAAAGGCUGGGUGAUGGCUAUGUUGCCAUACACCUCAGCUAGGUUGUGACUUGACUAUUGGUCAACUUGGGGCUCUGGAAGACAGGAAAAUUAGUAAUAUUAAUGGAUUAGAUAGGGAUUAAACUUGUAAAUCAAACAGGAGAAAAAGAGCAGGUCCACAAAUUAAUGUCCUGAAAUGGAAUUUCAGUAAAACCCAAGGUCCUGAAGUUAAAGUUUGAUUGGCCUCUGUUGCUACCUUGGAAUGCAAAGAAUAUGCUGGUUUCAGACAUAUAGUACUGUUGGUUUAUGUAGCCUCCCCUCCAAGUGUGAGGCCCACAGUAAUUGCCCCAUUUGAGAUCCUAAAUGUGAAGCAUCUUAAUCCCUGUUCCUUUUAUUGUAUUGUGCUAUAUUGCUUAAAUUAUUAAAAGACAAGAAAGCUUAUCCCUGAGACAAUCUACAAAACUUGCCUUAAAGAAAUUCUGUUUGUAUUGAAUUUUAUUAUGACAAAAUGCUAUUCUUACCAAAAUCUAAAUCAUUACAAUUUAAGCUUUGCCCUCCGGUCUUGUCAUUUUAACCUUUGCCUUGCGGUCAUAUCAUCUUGUUCUA